GCCCCCGCCCCCCCCUUUCGUGCCACCAGUGCUUGCUCGCCAGGUGACCCUCAGUCGCCCCCGGUCGCCCUAGGCGCCUCUGCCAUCCCGCGUCCGGUGGUCUGUCCGGAGCGCCGCGGCGACACCAUGUUGGGCAUGAUCAGGAACUCGCUGUUCGGCAGCGUAGAGACGUGGCCUUGGCAGGUCCUGAGCAAAGGGGACAAGGGAGAAGUGUCCUACGAGGAAAGGGCCUGUGAAGGCGGGAGGUUUGCCACAGUGGAAGUGACAGAUAAGCCAGUGGAUGAGGCUCUGCGGGAAGCAAUGCCCAAAGUCAUGAAGUAUGUGGGAGGCACCAAUGACAAGGGAAUCGGGAUGGGGAUGACCGUGCCCAUUUCCUUUGCCGUGUUCCCCAGUGAAGACGGCUCCCUACAGAAUAAGAUCAAAGUCUGGUUCCGGAUUCCAAACCAGUUUCAGAGCGACCCGCCGGUUCCCAGUGAUGACAGCGUGAAGAUCGAGGACAGGGAGAGCAUCACCGUCUACUCCAGGCAGUUUGGGGGUUAUGCCAAGGAAGCCGACUACAUAGCCCAAGCCGCCCAGCUGCGCACCGCCUUGGAGGGCACAGCCACCUACCGGAGUGACAUCUACUUCUGCACCGGGUAUGACCCUCCCAUGAAGCCCUAUGGACGUCGCAACGAGGUCUGGCUGGUGAAGACGUGAGCCAGCACCUGGGGAGGUGUGCUUGUUGCCUCUCACUGGGCGAGCAGGAGGGGCUUCAAACUGCAACUUCAGCUCAGCCAGCAUUCCUUCCAAGCCAGUUACUGCCAGUUUUCUGAGAUAAGCCUCUUCAGUAUACUGGGGUUCUUUUUCUCAUGGUGGGAAAUACAGCUGAGAUAGGCUGCAUCCCUCUAAUUGAUCUAGAACGUUCUGUGGUAGACCAGGAAACCCUCAGCAGCAUUUGUGCAGCUACCUGGGCCUCAGAAACCUUGAUACUUUAAAAUUAUUGAAUCUGCAUUUUUUGUAAUUGAGGGGAAAAUGUAAUUUGUGUGUGAUCUUUUAUCUGUGAUUCUUAGAAGAGCUUUGUCUAAAAAGAAACUGAAAAUAAAGUUCUUUGACUUAAACAGCUGAGGCAAAUCCUAAGUAUAAUUAUUUCAAGACUCUGCCAUCUUUGGAUGCCAGAGGGGAGGGUGUUGGGGGACUGGGUUAAAAAUAAAGGGGUUAAGUAUAAAUUGGUAGUUACAAAAUAGUCGUGGGGAUAUAAAGCACAGCAUAGGAAAUAUAGUCAAUAAUAUUGUCAUAACUAUAUAUGGUGCCUGAUGGGUACUGGAAAUACCAGGGAGAACACUUUGUAAAGUAUAUGAUUGUCUAACCAUGACGCUGUACACGUGAAACCAACACAAA